AUGGCAGCAGUAACUGACCACUUGCCGACCCCAAAGCCUUCUUCUGAGGCUUACCAAAGGGCUUCUGGUUCUGCGGACUACAUCAGAUCCAAACUACCAUCCCACCUACAGAAGCCCCGUGUAGCUAUCGUCUGUGGUUCUGGUCUGGGCGGCAUUGCAGACACUGUGACUGCUGAUACCAAGCUCGAGAUCGACUACCAUGACAUCCCAAACUUCCCAAAGACCACUGUUCAAGGACAUGCUGGCAAGCUUGUGGUUGGCACUAUGGGAGAUACCAAAGUCCCCGUAGUCUUGCUGGUAGGCAGAGCACAGUAA